AAUACGUGGUCUUGACACUGSUGUUGUUAAAUAAAUUGCAAAGUAGGCAAAAAGAGCAGUGCUUMCAAGGCUAUAGCAUUUGAUUUGGAUGGGUUCCCUGUGCAUAUUCGGGUUCCUUUGCCGAGGAAGUGGACAUAGCGACAAUGAAGUUAGACCAACUUUUUAGUAUAAAUUCUUAAUUAUAACUUACUAGAGCUGAACGGUUGACAUCAUAGUUUGUUGCACAUGUUCCGAUCAAGUGUAGUGAGAUGGAAUUUUCAAAUUUCGCGCCUCCACGUUUCUCAACACCACUUGUUUUCCUGUCGCCUCCUGAGCUCUUCUUCAAAUCGCCACGCACCAGUUUUGAACUGGAUGUUUGGUUCAAAAGUUGACGUUCCUAUCCCAAAAAAAGUACARUUCAAUCAAGAAGUGCAUGGAUGUGUGUUCAAGGAUAAUUUUGCUUGGCUUAAAGAUGGAAAUGCAAAGGAUGUCCAGGAAUAUGUAAAAGAUGAAAACAGGUAUGCUCAUCAUUGCUUGGAGGAUACAACAUUUUUUCAAAAGAUUCUUAAAAGGGAGAUGAAACAUUGGUUACCGCUGUGCCAUGAGUUGGAAUCAGUUCCUGAGAGAAUUGAUAACUACUUUUACUACAUCAAAAGUCCUCCAGAAGGUGACGACAGAUUGCCUGUAAUUUGUAGAAGAGCAUUUUUCAAAAGUGGAUCUCAAGGUAUUCCACAGAUUAUUCUCAAUCAGAAUGAACUGGCUGCCAAGUACCCAUAUGUCUCUGUGUCUAAUUUCAAGUUAUCACCAUCAAGGAAGCUUGCUGUAUUUAUUGCUGAUACUGCUGGUACAAUUUCAAAAAAAGAAAGUACAUUCAUCUUUACUCAGCUAGCAGCCUUUACAAUGGACAGUUCUGGUAUGGAGACUUACCUUUGUCAUAUCACAAAAGUCUGGGAUGGGCCACUGGAUAUCAUGGACAUAAUACCUCACGCAGUUAACUGUGAAUGGGGACYCGAUGACAAAACCAUAUUUUACACAACAAGAGAUGAACUUGGAAGGUGUAAUAAACUAUGGAAGCAUAACCUUGGAGAAGAUAUGUCUAACGAUGUCCUUAUGUAUGAAGAAAAAGAUGAAARGUACAUCUUCUUCCUUUUCUAUUUAGUUGACAUCAGGUUUUUCCUUGAUGUGAGUGCAACCAAAGACAGAAAGUUUAUAUCCGUGAAUUCAAAUGCUAAGGCAGCAUCAGAGGUUAGCUUGAUAAAUGUUCACAACUGCUCAAUAUCACACAGUCCUUUAUACCCAAGAGAGCAAGGCAUGGAAUACUAUGUAGAACACAGAGGGAAUGAGUUCUUUAUCCUGACUAACUCAAAACAUACUGAUUACAAGGUUGURAGAGUUCCUGAAUCCAACCCUGACAGGAAAAACUGGAAGGAUUUGAAGUCACAAGAUACUGAUAUAUUUUUAGAUGACAUGGAAGUAUUCAAGAAUUACUGUAUCCUAUAUGAGCGGCAUCUGACUACUCCACGCCUGUCAAUCGUCUCUCUUGAUGACCCUGAUGAUGUAUUUAAUGUCCAGCUACCACACAAGAUUUCCUCGUUAAUACCAGGGUCAAAUCAGAUGUUUGAUUCUGAUGUUGCACGUUUUACAAUGUCUUCACCAAUCUUUCCACCACAAGUUGUGGAGUACCAUAUGUCAACUGGUUCAAUGAAAGAGCUUCAUCCAGUUAUGUCCAAAAAACCUUCCUACUCUUGCUCAGAUUAUGAAUGCACAAGACUUGAGGCUCCUAGUUUGGAUGGGACAAUGAUUCCAAUUACAGUCUUUCAUCACAAACAUGUUCAGCAGAAUGGACAGAAUCCCYUAUUAGUAAAUGUGUAUGGAUCAUAUGGAAUGAACAUUGAUAUGUCAUUUACACCUGAACGACUGUGUCUCCUCACYAGGGGAUGGGUAGUGGCAUUUUGUCAUGUAAGGGGAGGCGGAGAGUUGGGACGACACUGGUAUCACCAGGCAACUCAACACAACAAACACAAAACUUUUGAGGACUUCGAAUCUUGCAUCAAAUGUCUGCAGAACAUUGGCUAUUCCCUUCCCGAGCUUACUGCGGCCAAAGGAGUGAGCGCGGGUGGACUGGUGGUGGGUGCUGUUUGUAAUAGAUCACCUCAUCUAUUAAAGGCUGCAGUUUUAAAGGUUCCAUAUUUGGAUGUGUUGACGUCAAUGCUAGAUKCGUCGCUUCCUUUAACUGCACAAGAAUAUGACGAAUGGGGUGAUCCCAGAAAAGACGAAGAUGCUUUCAACAACAUCAAAUCGUACUGCCCAUAUCAUAAUAUUACUAAAAAGGAAUAUCCGUCGAUGUUGAUAUUUGGGUCCAUGCAUGAYGAGAGGGUUCCAUGCUGGAUGCCGCUAAAAUGGACUGCGAAAAUGAGAGACGAAAACAAAGUGGAUGAAAAAGAAGCAGCAUCGAGGCUUCUUUGUGUGAUAGAGGAAGAGGGAGGACAUUUUGGUAGCGGUGGAAUUGACGGUGUAUUUGAACAGGCAGCAAAGGAAUAUGCAUUUUUACAUAAGACACUUGGACUGCCACUUAAAUGAAGCUCCUGAUAUGKGCCCCAUAAAARAUACACAGGUACCGCCCACAACAGCAGCAGCCACGCCUUUUAAAGUAUGACGAUAUCGUUUUUCUAAAUGUUAAAGAUUUUCAGUCUAAUCUCGGAGUUAUAAGGCUUUGAAAACUGACUUUCUUUUGCAAGAACGGUUCACAUAGUUACGAGUAACAUUUUUUUCUAUAUUACAUUAUCGUUUUUAUGAAAAACGAGGUAUUGAACUGUUAUAAAAACACAAUAACAUCCCGUUAUUAAUUGAUAAUAAAGAUGGCUGAUUAGAUGUA